CUCCUGGUCCCGCUGGAAGACCCGGCCUCCCAGGGGACAAAGGUGCCAUUGGGAUUCCUGGACGUGUGGGAGUAAAGGGCCAACCAGGCGAGAAGGGGGCCCCAGGAGACGCCGGCAUGUCCAUCAUCGGUCCCCGCGGCCCCCCUGGUCAGCCGGGCACUCGAGGUUUUCCUGGAUUUCCGGGUCCCAUCGGGCUAGAUGGAAAACCGGGCCACCCCGGACCCAAAGGAGAGAUGGGCCUGAUGGGUCCCCGAGGACAGCCGGGACCUCAAGGACAAAAAGGAGAAAAGGGUCAGUGUGGAGAGUACCCACAUCGGCUGCUGCCUCUCCUCAAUUCAGUGCGACUGGCUCCACCCCCAGUCAUAAAAAGGCGGACCUUCCAGGGUGAACAGGGCCAGGCCGGUAUCCAAGGACCACCGGGGCCACCAGGCCCCCCUGGACCGAGCGGACCUCUGGGGCCCCCGGGACUGCCAGGGCCCAUGGGGCCACCCGGCUUACCUGGGCCUCCAGGACCAAAGGGAGACCCAGGAAUCCAGGGCUACCACGGCCGAAAGGGAGAACGAGGCAUGCCGGGGAUGCCGGGCAAACACGGAGCCAAGGGGGCUCCCGGAAUCACCGUGGCGGGGAUGAAGGGUGAGCCGGGGACCCCAGGAGCCAAGGGCGAAAAGGGGGCUGCAGGCUCCCCCGGGCUGCUCGGCCUCCUGGGGCAGAAGGGAGAAAAAGGCGACGCUGGCAACUCCUUUGGAGGGGGCAGAGGGGAGCCCGGCCCCCCAGGGCUACCUGGGCCCCCAGGCCCAAAGGGAGAAGCUGGUGUUGAUGGCCAGGCCGGCCCCCCGGGACGGCAAGGAGACAAGGGUGAGCCCGGAGCAGCCGGAGAACAGGGACCGGCUGGCCCCAAGGGCAGCAAGGGGGAACCAGGCAAAGAAAUGGUGGACUAUAAUGGGAACAUCAACGAGGCUCUCCAGGAGAUCCGAACGCUGGCCUUGAUGGGGCCCCCUGGUCUUCCCGGGCAAAUCGGCCCACCCGGAGCCCCGGGGAUCCCAGGCCAGAAGGGGGAGAUUGGACUUCCAGGCCCUCCAGGACACGAUGGGGAAAAGGGACCUCGAGGCAAACCAGGCGACAUGGGCCCUCCCGGUCCCCAAGGCCCCCCAGGAAAGGCUGGGCCCACAGGAAUGAAGGGUGAAGACGGACACGUGGGGAGCCCGGGAGAAAAGGGGGAGAAAGGGGAGACGGGGCAAGCAGGCCCACCGGGUCUAGACGGCCCAACUGGGGAGAAAGGAGAACCAGGUGGCCAAGGGAGACCCGGAACAACAGGAUUGCCUGGCCCGAUCGGGCUCCCGGGAUUUACAGGGGAGAAAGGAGAGCCCGGGGAGAAGGGAGACCCAGGAGUGGAGGUUCCUGGGCCCCCAGGGCCAGAGGGGCCUCCCGGACCUCCGGGACUCCAAGGUGUUCCUGGACCAAAGGGGGAAGCGGGACUGGAUGGAGCAAAAGGAGAGAAGGGUGUCCAGGGAGAGAAAGGAGACCGAGGGCCGCUGGGAUUACCCGGAGCUUCAGGUUUGGACGGCAGGCCUGGGCCACCGGGUACUCCAGGACCAGUCGGAGUUCCAGGCCCAGCGGGACCAAAGGGCGAGAGGGGCAGCAAAGGAGACCUUGGGAUGACAGGACCAUCAGGAGCGGCUGGGCUUCCUGGUUUACAUGGACCACCCGGGGACAAAGGAAACCGGGGGGAGAGGGGGAAGAAAGGCUCUAGAGGGCCUAAAGGGGAUAAGGGAGACCAAGGAGCGCCUGGAUUAGACGCCCCCUGCCCGUUGGGACACCGAGGUUUUAAAGGAGAGAAAGGGGAGCCGGGGUUACCAGGGCUGGACGGACUGGAUGCCCCGUGCCCAUUGGGCGAAGAUGGCUUACCAGUCCAGGGCUGUUGGAACAAGUGAUGCCUCUAACCUGGGAUUGGCCUGUGUGUGUGUUUGUACAUAGAGUAUUUAUUUUUAUACAGUUUUCACUUUUUGAAAAUGCCGGAAGU